AUGUCGAUCGUGCCUAUAAUUACUUUCAAGGCCGGUAUCUGCGAGGCAGACGUCAGUGACCUACUCGGCUUCUACGCUUCGGAACCCCGCAAGCCUUACAAGGUCAAGCCCCAGGCCACGCCCGGUUACAUCUACCUCUACUCCGAAGAUGAUCUGAUCCACUUCUGCUGGCGCGAGCGCAGCGCCGCCAUGGACUCUCCCGAUCUCGACCUCGUCAUGGUUCCGAUGGACGGCGAAUUCCUCCCCCAUACUCCUUCCGACCAGCCCACAGCAAAGACCAACGGCCGCGUCUUUGUGCUUAAGUUCGGCUCUUCCUCGCAGCGACACUUCUUCUGGCUCCAGUCGAAGCCUCAGUCCCGCACUGGUGACCCCAGCUGGUUCAGCCCCCGUGAUAAGAAGAUUGGGGAGGUCGUCAACGCCCUUCUGCAAGGCGAGGAUGUGAACGUCAACCGAGAGCUGGCGCAGGUCCGCAACACCGACGACAGACGGGACGACGACGAUGACGAGACAAUGGAAGAUGCCGAGGGCCAAGGAGACCACCCGGCCAGCGGCGGUGCUGGUGCUGGCGCAACAGGCGGCGACGUGCGUGAAGAGGGCGAGAAUGCUAGAGAGGGUGGCAGUGAUGGAGCUCGAGCCGCCGGGGGUAGCUCUGGUAACACCGAUGCGGAUGCUGCUGUUCGCAAUUUCUUGGCUUCAUUACAGGGCAAUUCUUCCCUGGGCGGAUCUCAACAGCGCGGCCAAGAGCAAGCUGACAAACCGUUUCCGUACCUGCAUCACCUGCUCCCCAACGAGACUACCAUUCCCAUGCUCCGCUCGGCCCCAGAGGAUUACAUAGACACGCUGCUUGGCUUCUUGCCGCCAGCAAUUGUGGUUCUGGCCACAGAGAAUGACGACCUGGGUGACUCGGAGCCUUCAGCAGAUGCUGCAGCCGCCGCCAUGGCCACCUUGAGCCUGGCGGAGAAGAAGAGUUUGCUGGAGAGAGUCCUGAGAAGUCCUCAAUUCCACCAGGCCCUGGGUAGCCUGACGAUGGCUCUUCGUGAUGGUGGCCUGCCAACUGUCGCGGAGGCCCUGAAGGUCAAGGUCCCCAACGGUGGCUACAUGAGGGGCGGUGCCAUGCCUCUAGGUGGCGGUGAAGCUGUGGAGGCGUUCGUGGAGGGAGUCAAAUCAACGGUCAAGGAGAAGAAGCAAGGCUAA